UUACUGGCAUUCAAAAUAAAAUUAAAAGCUAGUUGUGACUGAAACUUGCUCAGUGCUAUGAGUGCGACUCCAGAGUGCACAGAAAGGCUGCAGAUGGCUUUUUUUUUUUUGGUGUUAAUUUUCAUUUUGCUUGUCCUUUAGGCCAUGUAUAUCUAUUCUUGGUAAGGUGGUGAAAAAGAAAAUACCAAGAUGAGUAAAAAGCCUCCAAAUCGUCCUGGAAUCACAUUUGAGAUUGGUGCUCGUUUGGAAGCACUGGACUAUUUACAGAAAUGGUAUCCAUCUCGUAUUGAGAAGAUAGAUUAUGAAGAGGGGAAGAUGUUGGUCCAUUUUGAACGCUGGAGUCAUCGCUACGAUGAGUGGAUUUACUGGGACAGCAAUAGAUUGCGACCCUUGGAGCGACCAGCAUUAAGGAAAGAGGGCCUAAAAGAUGAUGAAGAAUUUGUUGAUUUUAAACCUGGAGAGGAAGUCCUAGCUCGUUGGACAGACUGUCGAUAUUACCCUGCAAAGAUCGAAGCCAUUAAUAAAGAAGGAACGUUCACAGUACAGUUCUAUGACGGUGUCAUUCGAUGUCUUAAAAGGAUGCAUAUCAAAUCUAUGCCAGAGGAUGCAAAAGGGCAGGCGCGCGAGAGGGAGCAGAUAGCGCCGGAGCUGAGAUUAGUGACGGAAAUCGAACCAAAAGAAGAUUGGAUAGCUUUGGUCAAAGCUGCUGCAGCAGCAGCAGCCAAGAACAAAGCAGGAAGUAAACCCAGAACCAGUGCAAACAGCAAUAAGGAUAAAGAGGACAGAAAAUGGCUAAAAGUCCCUUCAAAAAAGGAAGAAACCUCAACCUCUACAAUCAUGCAGGAUGUCCAGAAAAACGAAGAGGAGCCUACAUCUAGUGAAACAUUUGAUGUAGGGUUUCCUGUAGUGGAUGUUCCAAAGAUGGCCUUUGUGCAGGCAGAGAGCACGUUAUCACACAAGAGGAAAAGUAAUCUAGGCAACUCAUUUCAGGCCAAGAGAGCUCGUCUUAACAAGAUCACUGGUUUAUUGGCAUCCAAAGCUGUUGUUGCGGAUGGUGCUGAAAAAAAGGAAGGCAACAAAGAAACAGCUCCAGUCCUGGAGCAGGAGAUUUCACCUAAACCACAAAGUCAGAAAAAAAAUGAAGCUGAUAUUAGCAGUUCUGCCAACAUUCAGAAACCUGCACUGUUAUCCUCAACUUUGUCUUCAGGAAAGGCUCGCAGCAAGAAAUGCAAACAAGAAUCUGGAGAUUCUUCUGGGUGUAUAAAGCCCCCUAAAUCACCACUUUCCCCAGAAUUAAUACAAGUCGAGGAUUUGACGCUGGUCUCUCAGCUUCCUUCUUCUGUGAUUAAUAAAACUAGUCCAUCACAGCCAGUGAAUUCCCCUAGAUCCUACAAACAUAGCCAGCGGAGAAGAAGAUCACAGCGUUUAGCCACUUGCUCCUUGCCUGAUGAUUCUGUAGAAAAAGUUUCUUCUCCCUCUUCAGUUACUGAUGGAAAAGUGUUCUCCAUCAGUGGUCAAAACCAACAGUCAUCAAAAUUGGAGGUACCUGAUGUUGCUCAUAUGUCACUUGAGAAGCGUGGAACGUGUCUCCCUCUUGAUUUAAGCCGUAGUUCGGAAGUUACAGCGCCAUUAUCCACAGAAUCCACUUUCUGUAAUGAAUAUCCCAGUAAAGACAAGGAAGAUAUUCAGAUGGUUACAUAUCUUUCUUCUAAAGCAGUAACUGAUGGAAGAGUAGCUACAACAGCGUCAGGUGCAGCGAAAGUGGAAAGAAAAGGAAAACUGGAAGAGAAAACUUCUUCAGCGUAUGGUAAAAAGAAAGAAAAAGAAAAGGAGAAAAAAGAGAAAAAGGAAAAAGAUCAUAAACCAAAACAGAAAAAGAAGAAGAAAAAAAAGAAGAAAUCUAAGCAGCAUGAUUAUUCAGAUUAUGAAGACAGUUCUGUUGAAUUCUUGGACAGGUGCUCCUCUCCCUUAACCCGGUCGUCGGGCAGCUCCCUGACUUUGCGCAGCAUGUUCUCGGAGAAGAACACAAACUACCAGUAUCCAAGAGCUAUUUUGUCUGUUGACCUUAGUGGAGAAAACCUUUCAGAUGUGGAGUUCUUGGAUGAUUCUUCCACAGAGAGUUUGUUACUUAGUGGUGAUGAAUACAAUCAGGAUUUUGAUUCAACUAACUUUGAAGAGUCUCAGGAUGAAGAUGAUGCUCUCAAUGAAAUUGUUAGAUGCAUUUGUGAACUGGAUGAAGAAAAUGGCUUUAUGAUUCAGUGUGAAGAGUGCUUGUGUUGGCAGCACAGUGUAUGCAUGGGACUGUUGGAGGACAGCAUUCCAGAUCAGUACAUCUGUUACAUCUGCAGAGAUCCACCAGGACAGAGGUGGAGUGCCAAAUAUCUUUAUGACAAAGACUGGCUAAACAAUGGACACAUGUGUGGAUUAUCAUUUUUGAAAGAAAACUACUCUCAUCUUAAUGCCAAAAAGAUUGUGUCAACACAUCACCUACUGGCAGAUGUUUAUGGUGUCACGGAAAUACUGCAUGGGUUGCAGUUGAAGAUCGGGAUAUUAAAAAAUAAGCAUCACCCAGACCUUCAUCUCUGGGCUUAUUCAGGGAUGCGAAAAGAACAAGAACAAAGAACUGUUGGGGUAGAGAAAAAAUUAGUAACUUUACAGGAUGCUGUUAAUCCAGCUGAAAGGACGUGUCAUAGUCAAAACUAUAAAGAGCCACCCAGUAUACCCCCGAAGAUGGAAGAAACGUACAUCACAAGUGAGCACAGUUACCAAAAACCACAGAGUUUUAGUCAAGACUACAAAGCAGUCGCUGACCCUAUGAGCUCAGAUGAUGAAGACACAAGUAGUUUUGAGGAAGAUCAGGAAUUUCACACAGAGAAUAAAAACUGUUUACAAUAUUCUUUUAAAGAUGGUGGCAUGAGUGAGCUGAAUAAUUCUGCUGAAGGAAACACAGUGUUUGUUUGUAAUGAAAGAAAAGGCUCAGAAGAACAAGUGGACACACAUCUUCAAUGGCAGCUAAAUCUCCUUACCCACAUAGAGAAUGUACAGAACGAAGUCACCAGCAGAAUGGACCUGAUUGAAAAAGAAGUUGAUGUUUUAGAAAGCUGGCUUGAUUUCACUGGAGAACUGGAACCACCAGAUCCUCUGGCAAGAUUGCCUCAGCUCAAGCGACGUAUCAAACAACUCUUAAUUGACAUGGGGAAAGUACAGCAAAUAGCAACGCUUUGCUCUGUAUGACAAAAGGAAGAAUAAAGAAAUAAAAA